GCUUUCGUCACAUCCUCGCUCGUUCUACUUUUUGCCUUGGACAAUCCCCUUCAGACUCUCGUUUUUGACUGCUCCAGACUAGCAUAUUGUACCCUUAUCUUUCACAACUCGAGCCAACCCGGGUCCUCCCCUCCAAGACCCCUCACAACGCGAACCCCAGACGUGUCUGAACCGACGCCUCAGUCGCAGACCCGUAACCAUGGCGACCCAAGCAGCGCUGAUUGCCGAUACCAUCGUUGGCAUGAAGCGGGCAUUACGCAGAGAGCGUGAGGAUUCGGGCCCGGACGACGCCAUUACUCAGCCGACGAAUCGCGGCAAUAAGAUGAAGGCAAACGCAAAGUAUGUCCGCGAGGGUGCAUUGGGAUACAUCAAUGCGGAGGAAUUCUACAAAGAGAAAAUCGAUCAUGCUGGUUACACACGUCAUAUCUUGCAGCGGAACCCCAUUCGUUACGACUCCGAAGGCGAAGAACUCGAUGAGGAAGAUGAAGACUCUGAGGCCGACGCGGCGGCCGCAGAAGAGAAUCCGUUUUCGGGGAUCGCGUUGGAGACGCUGCUCUGCCCACUCAAGCACCCCUCCGAACUACCCGUCCAUCCUUCGUUAUCCCAUCCUUACACCACACAAGCAUUGGAGCAAAUGACGAAAGCCGUCGAGGAAAAACUGCGCCAGGAGAAAGCUCUGCUUUGGCGGGCAAGGAAUCUGCAUCGAAAGUUCCUUGGCGAUGGCAGUUGGAUGCCCUGCGGUCUUGUCGAAACGCCCGACGACCGUUACAUCUUCGAACCUCGGAUCGUGGAGGACAGUAGAAACCUCUCUGCUGGACAACAGAGGCAAAGUGCACUUGGAACACCAUCUGCCAUUGGUGAUCUGAGUGGACCGCAAGACGUGCUCUCCACGACGGGCCCACAGAAAGACGGACAAGCUGCGAUAGCGGGGGAUGUGGAGAUGACUGAAGUGCCUGCGGCGAGUAACGCCGACCUUCAAGAAGCGGUCACCGAGUUCAAAUCAGAAGAAACCGAUGCUAUGGUCAAGGACCUUCCCCAGCAUCCCGCGGAGGACCCUGACCAAGGGAGCGAGAUGAUGGCCCGGAACGGGCUUGCUGAAAAGCAGGAGGAGAUGGCAAACACAACCGACAGAGCCAAGACAAAUGGAGCGACCGCAGACCACAACGAGACCAACGAAGACGAUGAUGAACGAGAUACGGAAAUGCACGAUGGCUCCUCGCCCGAACCGCCUCGCCGAAUGACGACCCGAGCCCAAGCCAACGCGAACAACCCUUCCGAUGGUAACCAGUCACCACUGUCUGCCGAUGACGCCAGCUUCCUUCAAACCCCUCAUCCGCUCUUCGUCAUCCCAGAGAACGUCCGCCCUGACGCAAACUUCGGCCUUCCCCCGGGCGAAGCAGAGGAGACUCGUCGCCUGCUGUGGUCAUAUAUUCAGAAGCAAGAGGAAACCGUGCGGGGCUUUGAGCAUAUGCUUGAGUCCCUGCUGCGGGCCUCCCACAUGAAGGCUGACGUGCUCGAAUGGUGCAAGGCCGAGGGUCACGUUGGCGAGUUGAGUGACGGCGAAGACUGGUACGACCGAGAGAAGUGGGGUCUCGCCGAGGGCGAGGAUCUCAAGAAGGGUACUGAUGAAGACGAAGUCGAGACUGUUGACGAGAGUCGAACGACGGCGAAGAGAGGUCGUGGCCGGCGGCAGUGAUGGACUGCAUCUGUCAAGUCUUCGCCGCUCCAGAUCUAGCUUCUCAGAUCUAUGUCGGCCUCUCUCCUACUUUUGUCUUUGUUUCUCGUUCGCCCCCUUAACCUUCUUAGUCCCUCAUAGCGUGGUGUUGGUGGUGUUCCGUCCUUGCGUGGGUGCUCAUCUCCCCCCAUAUACCAUAUACUUUUGCCCUCGGCGGAUUGCCCUGGACACGUGCGGUGUCAAUAUACCCUCUGGAGAAUGGAAAUAGUUUUAUCUUUUCUAGCGCUUGCAAAAUACAGAUUUGG